GUUUGUCUUGUCCCUUUGUAAAUAAAGUUAUUUCAAUUCAAACAAAAUGGCAGCGCCCUGUAAUCAACCACCCGUGUUGUUGGACUGAACCGAGCACCAGUAUAAAUAAGUUAACGUAAAAUUCAGAGGUAUGGCUGCUGCGGGAAAGCCAACUAAAAAAGAAAGCAAGAAGUACAUUCCGACCAAGACCUCGUUCACCUCACCAUUCACUCCAAAAUGGGGCACACUCCCCCAGGAAGACAUGCAUUUCAUCCUGAACACUGUGAAGGCCAAGCUGGUUUCCAUGGGCCUUGAGAAGAAAGAGUUGAAAGUGUUUCGCCCCUGGAGGAAAAAGAAAGACCAGAAACCUGCUGCUACACCAGAGCCUGUUCCCCAGGUGAGUGAGGUGCAGAUGAAGGAUUCUCCUAAAAACGGCUGGACAGAUGUGGCAGCUAGGAGACAACUGGCCAUUGGGGUAAAUGAGGUCACCAAAGCUUUAGAGAGGAACGAGCUCAGACUGUUGCUUGUGUGCAAGUCUGUGAAGCCCAAACACAUGACGGACCACCUGAUAGUGCUGAGUGCAACUAGAGGUGUGCCGGCCUGCCAGGUGCCUCGUCUGAGCCAGAGCGUGUCGGAGCCGCUGGGACUGAAAAGUGUCCUUGCUCUGGGAUUCAGAAAUUGUGCCUCUAAAGAUGACGAGGUGUUCACUGACACUGUUGAGGCCAUUACACCCAGAGUGCCCUCCCUGGAUGUGGCAUGGUUACAAGGUGCAGCACCCAGACUAACAUCUGAAGACCCUGUUGACAUGGAGGAAGAAGAGGAGGUUGGCCAGAAGCAGGGCCAAAAAAGGAAAGUAGAGAGUGAAACUGAGGAUGUCACAGAGUCUGCCUCCUCCUUCACUCUUCAGCCUCUCAAAGUUAAAAAAAUAGUUGCUAACCCUGCAAAGAAAAAAAAAAAGGAAGAAGUAAAAUCAAACAAAUAAGAGAGACUCUGCCUAAAUAAAAAGGACCAUUCCUAUGUUUAAGUCCAAUACGUUUUACCCCUGCUGGUCCUAAAGCAGGAUCCUGUCUUGGAUCAAAUGCUAAUGCUAAUAAUAUCACUGUUUUUAGUUUUGCAUUUUCCUUACAUAUUGGUCAGCCAUUGGGUUAUAAUCGUGUUUGCCAGGACUUGAAACUGACUUGAGAUAAUUGUGUAAUUCGUUACAAAUAAAGAAGUUGACAUCAUUGGUUGGAUUGAGCAAACCUGAGGAAAGUGUGGCUCUGUUAAAGUUUGAAUUUACUGGUUGCUGAAUGGAGGGUCGUCCAACUAAAGUAUAGUUUAGAUGAUGGCCUGCAGUUUAAUGUCUUAGAAUAACUUGUUUAAAUUGUUUUAGGAACUGGUAUGAGCAACUGAUUUUUUUAGUGUCAUCUCAUUAGCCAGAUACAGGCAUAACAUAAGAUGUGUUUGUGUAUCUGAAUUAAACCUAUUAAACUGGGUGGAGAAUCAUUCUUUAUGUUCUUUAGUAAAUAUGACAAUAUAACAAACAUUUCAGACCAAAAUAAAUGUAAAAAAUGUU